AGCGCGAGAAACAGCACAGCGGAUUAAUUCCUCCCGGGCUCACCAUGUAUCUGCAGAGUGUGGCCGUGAUUUGCCUUAUUGCCGUUUUCCUCGGCUCCCUGGAAGGGAAGGGUGUCCAGAUGCAGCGGGACGUUCAGUGCUGCAUGCAGUACUCCGAAGGGAAAGUGCGGACCAAAGAUGUGCUGAGGUUUGAGGAGCAGACAGAAGGCCCAGACUGCAGCAUACAAGCAGUCAUAUUGUACACGAAGAGGGCAGUGAAGUGUGCUGACCCGAGGGACCGUAAAGUGCAGAGGUUACUCCGGAAACUGAGGCAGAGGCAGGCAGAGAAGGCGCACAGGACCAUGUGGCUCCACCCGCACAUCAAUCUGCCCGUCAUGGCUGAGCCAAAAUAACUGCCAACAAUAUGAACCAUUCCUCAGAGCAGUCUUCUGACUCUGCAGACUGCAUUGAUCAUUGCUAACUGCUUAGAGGUACAGUAUGUAGAUGCAGUGCUACCAUUACCAAACACUUUGAUAUUUUGGAAGGGUUUUGAUAUGUAGUGGAAUGUCUUUCAAACUGACUGUUGCUGACUAUGCCAAAGUAUGCCUCUGAAAUAUCUGUAUCUGGAACUGGUCAAUGAACGUUGGCAGUUACAUGCUGAAUCACAGAGUUAGGGAGGGGGACUUGUCCUUGUUUAUAUAACAUAUAUGGCUGAGACAUGACUGUUAAACACAAAAGAUAAUCAUUUAUAUAAAAAUGUAACCUUUUAAGUGUGCUGUGCUCUCAUUUCCUGUUGUAUGUAUUGCUAUAUUUUAUACUGUAUCAAAAGUUAUUCCUUGUGUCUGUGACGGAAAUGU